UGACUUCAGUGGGAAUUGAGAGCACUCAGCACAUUGCAAGAUGGAGCCCAGUGUAUGUUAUGGAAAAAGAUGAACCACAUCAUUUAAGGCUUUUGAUGGAGACAUCUGGUGACUGUAGCAGCCCAUAUGUCAGGGUGACUCCUGGGUUCCUGACACAUCUGCAAGAUUUAGAGCCCCAAGUGGCAAGAAGACGCUUAUCUCAGGCACGACACCGGGCUACGCUGGCAGGACUCUUCAACAACCUGCGGGAAACUGUGUUUUCGCAGUCAGACAAUUCAGCAUCAAAGUGUCAAGUUUUGCGUAAAGCUAAGAAUUAUAUCCAGGAGCUGGAGCAAACCUUGGGUACCUUGCUGAAGAUGAAAGAGUCCUUCAAUCUGGAGGAUGGGAACCCAUCCAGCUUGGAGGAAGUCAAGGAGGAAUAUGUCAAGAUGUACUUCAGCGAUCUCGGUACUGCAUCCCCUUCAGAUGCCAUGAGUGAGAGUGGCUCUACCGUCUGGUAUUUGAUUCAAGAAUAUGAAAAAAACUCAGUGGAAGAGGAUGGGAAGCCAAGACUUAUCCAGUCCCCAGCCACUUCAUCUCCUGAUCUGAUGGAGUUUGAACGGUACCUGUAUUUUUAUAAACAGACCGUGGACCUGCUGGUUGAGAAUGGGAUUGUGUGCACCGAAGAGGUCACUCUUCCUGUCGUCUCUACAGCUGUUUCCCACCUGUGGCAGAAUCUGCCAGAGGAGAGGAGAGAGAGCAUCUUGCAGUACUGUAGUCAGAGACAAAAUGUACUCCCAGACCCUAAGGCAGCCUGCAAUGAAGGCAGUGUGAGGAACAGCAGAGCUAAUAGUCAGGAAGCCAGUGGUUCAUUGGUAUCCACACCCGAGGAGAUACUAUUUGAAGAUGCAUUUGAUGUUGCUGCUGGAUUCCUUGACAGAAAUGAGACUCAACAAGCAAUGUCCAGUCCAGGCUCAAUGUUCGCAGGCUGCACCUCAGAAAAUCCAGAGGAUAACCACCGGCUCUACUUGCAGAUCACUGGUUUCUUAAAGGGUCUUUUCUUUGCUAACACACAGUUUCCACAGGAGCAGCCUGCCGUGAAACUGGCAACAGAAGGAGAAGAGACAGAACGUAGCCCUGGAGCCUGACACUUUUUCUGAGGAAGCACCGAAGCUUUUUUGAAGUACUGAGACGAUAGUGUACAGUUUGAUGUCUGCUUUCAGGCCCUUCCACCUUUGCAGCCCAGCCACAGUCUAGCAAGCGCCUGGGAUUUCGAACAAUCAUGAGUGUUGAAAGAGGAAGCAUUUCCAUGAUGAACUUACAGUAGACAUCCUGGACAGGGCCAGCCAUCAGGACCAAUACCAAAGGGAAAAGGAUUCACGGCAGAUGGAAAGACACCAACAGGUUGCAGAGCACAAGGAGUGAAUUGCAGCACAUGAGGAGAGACUUACAGCACAGUUUGUGGCACAAGAACGGCCCUUGAGGGAGGAAGAUAGAGUGCAGCAGAAAGACCUGUUUGAGAGGCUGCUUGUGCCAAUGGCCGCAAGACUUCAGGCUCCUCCCCACCCACACUAUGUCCUUAGUGCCCUCCACAGUACCAUGUCCUGCAGACCACAAAUGCAUUAGAUAAUACCAUGGUUGGGUGGCCCAUGCAACCAGGACUGAAUGCUAGUCGGGCAGGGCAAAUGUACCCCCAGCAGUCCUCCACACUACUGCAGUCCUCCAACCCCGUGCAGUGGCGCCAAGUGCACACUAAGCAAGCUAGAAAGGGAAAGGAGAAUGGGCAGCUGGGGACACGCAGCAGUAGGGACUGUAUUUGCACUGAUUUUACUUGUUUGCACUUAUUUCACUGUUUUGUACCGUUCCAUGUUUGUGUUAUACACUUUAUUUUAU